CGGACUUUAGACCCAACAAAUCAAUAAUGGGCUUCUCUAUAGUUAUGCGUUACGCUAUGCUACUCUUUCUCACACAAGUGUGUUUUUUGUGGAUUGUUCUUCACUUUUCCGGUGAAAGCAAUUGAAGUUUGCAAGCAAAAAAUGGCGGCAAAUUCCGAGAAUAAAGGGGUCGAAACGUUUCGGCUAUUUCAAUCAACAGAUGAGAGUAAAAACAAGCCCAAAUUCGGAGGAUUAGGGUUUAUGGAUUCCCCAGAAACCCCUCUUCCUCCUCCACCCCCUUGUGUAGAAGUACUCCCUUCCGAGGUUUCUAGUUCUGUGAAGUAUAUUGUGGAGCAGGUUGAUUUGGGGGUUCUUACUUUGCUUAAGGGUCGUGUGCGUACAAAAGAGGUUUUCGCAUUGUCAAACUCUGAUUUGGUUCCUGGGAAAUAUGAAGGAGGUCUUAAACUCUGGGAAGGCUCACUUGAUUUGGUGAAAGCUCUCCAUUCAGAGAUACAAAAAGGGGAUUUAUCAUUUCAAGGGAAGAAAGUUUUAGAGCUUGGAUGUGGCCAUGGGCUUCCUGGCAUCUUUGCCUCCCUCAAGGGUGCAGGAUCCGUCCAUUUUCAAGAUUUCAAUGCAGAGGUCUUAAAAUGCCUCACGCUUCCUAAUGUUAAUACAAAUAUUCCCCCUGGAACUAGUGUUUCCGAUAGUUGUGAAAUUCGUUACUUUGCUGGUGACUGGGGAGAACUGGAUCGUAUUCUUCCCCAUGCUCACACAAUCAGUAGUGAUGCCACAUUAUCUGAUAGCAAUCCAAAGACUGGAUAUGAUGUGAUUUUGAUGGCGGAAACUGUUUAUUCCAUCUCCACCCUACAGAGUCUUUACAACCUUGUUAAGAACUGUGUCAGCCGUCCACAUGGUGUUAUCUAUUUUUCUGCAAAGAAGCAUUACUUUGGCGUAGGUGGAGGAUCAAGGCAAUUCUUGUCUAUUGUGGAGAAAGAGAGCAUGAUGACAGCCAGCCGAAUUGCUGAAGUGGCUGAUGGCUCAUCAAACCUCAGAGAGGUUUGGAAACUGUCGUGCAAGUGAGCAUGAAAUUAAAAAAUUUCAGUUUUGAUGAUGCAACUAGGCCUCAAAAAUGGCGGGACUGACUGUUGAGAAGCGUUGAAGGAAAACCAGUUAGCAGACCUAAUAAUCGAUUUGGCAGUUGCUUUCUGGUUUUGCUGCAAAGUGGUCUUGAUGCGUGCUGUAAUCUUGAUUAAUGUUGCUGAAAUGUAACACCUCACACUUUACACUUGUUUUAUUGUAGGGGCUUUUUUGUUCCCUCAUGUAGGUGAUGUGAAGGAACUAUUUGAACUUAUGAAUGGGAGUUCUAAUAAGAUGAAUGGGGUUGUGGUUUCCA